UCCGCUACUGGGCUGGAAAGUGCAGGCCGCGCACUGUCGUGAAAAGGUGGGGCGGGAGUUCGCGGGAGAGUGGGGACUCUGGGAGCCACCGGCUGCUCCAUCCCGGGUCCGGCCCACUUCCGCCGGGCUGCUGUGUGGUCUCCUGGGUCACUUACCUGCACCCGGUGCCAUUCAGUGAAAUGCAAGUGUACCUGAUCCACGAAGUGCAUUGUUACUAAAGGUAUGGGGAUGUUUUACCUACAUGUAUGUAAGUGCCCCAUGUUCCUGCCUGGUGUCUUCAAAGGCUGUCGGAUCCCCUUGAAUUGGAACUAUGGACUGUAUUGAGCUCCCAACUGGGUGCUGGCAUGGAACCUGUAUUCUCUGAAAGAACAGAUUUCUCGGCCCCUGGUGUUUAAACAAACCUCAGUAAAAUGACUCUGCAGGAGUUGGUUCAUCAGGCUGCCUCCAUCUAUCUGGAUAGAACAGCUGUAUGCUUUGAUGAAGGCAACAACCAGCCCCCGGUGUGCUAUACCUACAAGGCUCUGCUGAGCGAGGCUUCAGAAUUAUCCGCUUUUCUGCUAGCACACUGUGACCUUGGAGGAAUUCGGGAAAUUGGUCUCUAUUGUCAACCUGGGAUAAACUUACCCUCCUGGAUUUUAGGGAUUCUUCAGAUCCCGGCAGCUUAUGCACCCAUUGAUCCAGACUCCCUGCCAUCGUUAGCAACCCACUUUAUGAAAAAAUGUGGCCUAAAGUAUGUUCUGGUUGAAAAACGGCAGAUCACUAAAUUCAAAUCUUCACAUGAAACAGUUUUGAACUAUGAUACAGUUUCAGUGGAACAUAAGGACCUGGUACUCCUCAGACUGCACUGGGAAGAUGGUGCGGUGAACUCAGUGCUCAGUGACAGAACAGAUAAAUGCAAGGUAAAUGACAGAGAAGAGCGAGUGAAUGGUGAGAACGGGAGCCAAGAGAAGGGGCACAUGGACAUGCGGCGUGAGGGUUGCCUGGCCUAUGUCCUACAUACUUCAGGGACCACAGGGACACCGAAGAUUGUCAGAGUGCCUCACGCGUGCAUACUACCUAACAUCCAGCACUUCCGGUCGCUUUUUGACAUCACUCAAGAAGAUGUUUUGUUUCUGGCUUCUCCUCUGACCUUCGAUCCAUCUGUGGUAGAGAUAUUUGUUGCUCUGUCCAGUGGGGCCUGCCUGCUUAUCUCGCCAACCUCUGUCAAAGUGCUCCCAUCAAAAUUAGCUGACGUUCUCUUUUCCCGCCACAGAGUGACUGUUCUACAGGCAACGCCAACAUUGCUGAGAAGAUUUGGAUCUGAGCUCAUGAAGUCCACUGUGCUGUCAGCGCAUACUUCUCUGCGAGUCCUAGCCCUUGGAGGGGAAGCCUUCCCCUCACUGACCGUCCUCCAAAGCUGGCGAGGCAAAAGCAAUAGAACGCAGAUAUUUAACAUUUAUGGUAUCACAGAGGUAUCCAGUUGGGCCACUUUCUACAGGAUCCCAGAGGAGAUUCUUAAUUCUUCUGUGAGACUCGAGUCCCCUGUGCAGCUGGGGUCUCCCCUACUUGGAACAGUGGUCGAAGUCAGAGACAAAAAUGGUUCUCCAGUUCACGAAGGCACUGGCCAAGUAUUUUUAGGUGGGAAGAACAGAAUUUGUUUUCUUGAUGAGGAAAUGACAGUGCCCCUUGGCACCAUGCGAGCCACAGGAGACUUUGUGACUGUAAAAGGUGGAGAGAUAUUUUUCUUGGGAAGAAAGGACAGCCAGAUCAAGCGCCAUGGCAAACGUCUGAGCAUCGCGCUUGUGCAACAGGUAGCUGAAGAGCUUCGCCAGGUGGAGUCCUGUGCAGUUACAUGGUAUAAUCAGGAAAAGUUGAUUCUCUUCAUCGUAUCCAAAGUCGACUUAGUAAAGGAUUACAUCUUUAAAGAAUUGCAGAAACACCUUCCAGCACACGCCCUGCCUGAUGACAUGGUGCUGAUUGGUUCCCUUCCGGUUACCUGCCACGGUAAAGUCGAUGUUUCUGAGCUAAACAAGAUAUAUUUAGACUACAUAAGCUCACAGCCUAGGAAUAAACUCCAUGGAAAAGAGGAACUUUGGGGAAAAUUACAGUGUUUAUGGAAGUCUAUCCUGUGUCUCCCUGAGGAUCCAGAGUUGAAGGUCCCCGACAACUCCGUCUUUUUGGAUAGUGGUGGAGAUUCCCUCAAGUCCCUGUGGCUCCUCGGUGAGGUGGAGAAACUUACUGGUGCACCCGUGCCUGGCCUUCUGGAAGUAAUUCUCAGCAGCUCCUUCUUAGACGUUUACAACCACAUCAUUCAAGCCGUGCUUACACGGGAGGACCUGAAAGGCGACAGGCGCUACACCACCAAAAGGAAAUUCAGUGACCCUGAUUCAGAGGAAACCAGCGGGAAGCCUGCACGUCUGGAGGCCGCCUGGCCUUGGCACCGAGACAGCGAGACAAACUCUGUGGUCGCUCUGAGCAGAGGGAGCCAGACUUUGUAUCUGGGCACUGGGAGGCUUUUAACUGAGUUAGGACUCUGCCCUAAUGCAGUCCAUCCCCCAGAUUUAAUUCCACAGACUAACACUGAAAUACUGAAAAGCCUAAGUCCUCCCGCUCUGGAUGAAACGUUGGAAAAGCCACCGCUUUCUCAGGAGAGGAGCCCUGGGACUGGGGCUGAGCCGAUGGUGUUGCGUGAGCGGUGGCGGUCAGACACAGGCAAAUGCGUAGAUGCUUCCCCUCUGCUUGUGGUAGCAGCUGUGGGGGAUACGUCCUCCACAACCGUGUAUAUCGGCUCCCACUCACACACAGUGAAGGCAGUGGACCUUCACUCUGGGGAGAUGAGGUGGGAACGGCGUGUUGGAGACCGGAUUGAGUCCUCAGCCUGUGUGUCUAAAUGUGGGAACUUUAUUGUAGUGGGCUGUUACGAUGGAUUAGUUUAUGUUCUAAAAAGUAAUAGUGGAGAAAAACAUUGGACAUUUCCUACGGAAGAUGCUGUCAAAAGCUCACCAGCCGUGGAUCCAACCACAGGACUCAUUUACGUCGGAUCUCAUGACCAGCACGCAUAUGCCUUAGACAUUUACGAAAAGAAGUGUGUCUGGAAGCUAAAAUGUGAAGGAGCUCUCUUUUCUUCUCCGUGUUUGAGCCUGGGUCCACACCAUCUGUACUGUGCUACGCUGGGCGGACUCUUACUGGCUGUAAAUCCUGCUACCGGGAGUCUGAUCUGGAAACGUCCCUGUGGAAAGCCGUUAUUCUCUUCCCCACGGUGUUACCAGCACUACGUUUGUAUCGGCUGCGUGGAUGGCAGUCUGCUCUGCUUCUCACACUCAGGAGAGCAGAGCUGGAAUUGGAGCCAAGUUCCACCCCCUGUUCAAGAUCGUUUUUAAUAACAUACGUUGAAACCUAAUGCAGGUUUUUCUUUAUAAACCGUGUCUCUGAACAUACCAGGAUUUCUCAAGUAUGCCCAAGGUUAAUUGUGUAAUGUUCUGGUGUGCCUUAUCGUGGUUUUUCCCACUGGAGCAGUCUAGUGUGAGAGCGCUACUUCCCAGAGACGGGUGCCAUUUCUGUGUUAUGAGUUACCCAGUGCCUCCAUCUCACCUCUCCCGUCUGUAUGACUUGGGUGUCUCGGUCAGGAGAGUGGAUGGUUGCCCUCUUCCCCUCUACAGGUUUGGCGCUUUUCUGCUGGAGGACCAAUCUUUUCAUCCCCAUGUAUCUCUGCAUCAGAACAAGACAUAUAUUUUGGUUCCCACGAUUGCUUUCUCUACUGCUGUAGCACGGAAGGCGGCCUCCGGUGGAAAUUCGAGACCACAGCCAGGGUGUACUCGACGCCCUUUGCUUUCCCUAACCACCUCUGCGGCAGCGGCACACUGUUGGCAGCGGCGUCCACCGACGGGAAACUGUGGGUCCUCGAGUCUCAGAGUGGAGAGCUGCGAAGUGUGUACGAACUCCCCGGAGAAGUCUUUUCUUCUCCCGUGGUCUGGGAAUCAAUGCUUGUUAUUGGGUGCAGAAAUAAUUAUAUUUACUGUCUGGAUUUAUCGUGUGGUGAUAAAAAUAACCAAGUGUAGCCCUUAUAAGUAUACAUCAGUGAGAUGGUUCGGAAUGUCAUUGUAAAGCUUAUGGAUGGUUUUAUAUUAAAGAUUCUAUUUUAGUUAA